CAGGCAGAGCCGGCGCGUUACUGAUGUCAUCAUCGCCCGACAGCGUUCAGAGAGUCUGGAGUGCACGGCUCAGAGUUGGUCAUAAUGGCAGAUGAAGAAAUUAAUGAAGACUAUCCGGUAGAAAUUCAUGAGUAUUUGUCAGCGUUUGAGAAUUCCAUUGGUGCUGUGGAUGAGAUGCUGAAGACCAUGAUGUCUGUUUCUAGAAAUGAGUUGUUGCAGAAGUUGGACCCGCUUGAACAAGCGAAAGUGGAUUUAGUUUCUGCGUACACAUUAAAUUCAAUGUUUUGGGUUUAUUUGGCAACUCAAGGAGUGAAUCCUAAGGAACAUCCAGUAAAGCAGGAACUGGAAAGAAUCAGAGUAUACAUGAACAGAGUCAAGGAAAUAACAGACAAGAAAAAGGCCGGGAAGCUGGACAGAGGUGCAGCUUCAAGAUUUGUAAAAAAUGCCCUCUGGGAACCAAAACCUAAAAAUGCAUCAAAAGUUGCCAAUAAAGGAAAAAAUAAAAAUUAAAUUUUUAAUUUUGAUGUACACAUAUACAAAAAGUACAUCAUUUUUAUUGUUUCACAAAAUACAUGAUUAUGUGGCAAUGUAAGAUUUAAAUGUAUUCCUUUUUAAAUUCACAUAUAAAUUUAAACUUUAAAUUUGUAAUGCUAAAUACAUUUAUCCCCCAAAAGAUUAAGUUGUCUUUAUUGAUUUUCCUGUAGAGCACCAUGAAGUUUUUAACAUUGUUAUAUAUAUUUUAUAUUUAAAGUUUACCAUCUCUUUUGAUGAGAUACUUAUUUCUUUAUGUUGCUCAAUCUUGAAAAUAUCCCUUUAUAAGCAACUGUGAAAUUUAAGUUAAAUGUUCUUUGUAAACAUUUGUACUAUUUUAAAUGAAUAAUGACCUAUGAAGUAUGUAUCUGUAGGCUGAAGUUAUAAGUCCAUCUGUUUUCAUUAUAUGAUAUUAAGAAUGAAAUGUCUUAAAGGUAUACUUUUGUGUGUGUGUGUUCUUAAUUCAUCAUGUUUUCAUGAUUUUAGGAAUUAUUGCUUUUUUGAUAUUCAAAGAGUGAAAUUAAACUAAGGUCGUACUUUAAUUCUUGGCUUGUUGCCUCUAUGUCCCAUUUAAAAUAAAAUACAUUCUAAUUAACUCUAGGUGGAAAAUAAGGUUGUAUGUUGAUGGCUGAAUUUUGGCCUGAUGGUUGUAUAAUAAAGGUUGUCAAUGGUGUGUA